AUGGCCAGCGCUGGAAGUAGUAGUAGCGCAUGGAACGUGCAGGCGAAGCUGAGCCAGCUGGCGGAGCAAGCGGACGAGGAAGAUCAACGCACCCGUCGUCGGAAGCUUCUCGGCUACUUCCUCGUCGUCGCGCUCCUGUGCGUCGUCCUUCUCACUCUCAGCUUCCCCUCGGCGGUAUUCUCACCUUCUGAUUCAUUCCCAUCCGCGCAGAGUUCCCUCGGAACGUUCAGUAGCAGCAGCAGCAGCAGCAGAUUCAGCUAUCCCUUCUCUCCGCCUUUCCUGUCGCGCGGCGGCGCGUCGACUCACACUCUUCCCGACGACUCCGAGGUUCUCGUAUGCGCAACCAACACCACACGCGCCAGCGCCGCGACGUACGCAAAAUCAGACCCAAACUUCCCACGACCAAUCCCGUGGGUACCGCAGCCAAAGAAAUACCUGCUAGCGACGUGCGUGAGAGGACGGCUGACGAACCGCCACGAGUGCCUGCACAAGUCGCUGCUCGUCGCGAUGCUGCUCAACCGCACGCUCAUCGUGCCGCCUCUCGACGUCUGCCCUCGCGCGUUCUUCUCCCAUCCGCAGUUCAAUCUCGCCAAUUCCGUCGAUCUGGAUCACCUCAGCGCGUGCUUCGGAGGGGCCGGGGGAGCCGCCACCCAAGGCGCAGCAGCGGCGGCGGCGGCGGCGGCGGCAAAUGAAACGGGAAUGGCGCCGCCGGGGGGUGUGGGCCCCGGCGUGGUCACGCUACAGCAGUACCUGCAGUCAAAUCAGCUCACGAUGCUCACAGUGAACCUACUCGCCUGUGGCCUAGCGUACGACCCUCCCCCUGAAAGCUGCCCAGCCUUCUCCGCGUGCAACAACGACCCUAAAACUAUCCCCAUAGCCUUCCUAUCAGGCCAUUCCACUUUAGUCCUUCCUGCUGGCCGGCUAGCAGACCUAGCCUCCCGCCUGCACCAAGCCCUCCCUCAGGCCUCCAAUGUGCCUGUGCUGUGCCUGGGGGAUUUACUCUACGUAGACACGAGUGACAUUCGAGAGGAAGGGCCGUUUCUUUCUCGGGAUAUCCUCCCCACCGACUGCCCGUUCCCGCUCAGGCCACCCCCCAAUGCUGUGGCGGCAGCAGCGUGGUUCAUGCAGGAAUACACGGGGAGCGAUUUUGCCGCUCUGCACUUGAGGCGGGGGGACUUUUACUCGCGGUUUCAGUGGUCUCAGGGUGCGAAGGCGGAUUACUUCCCCUUGGAAACGAUUGCAGAUUACAUUGCGGAGACUCUAGCCGCCGCUAAUGCCGCCGCUGCUGCUGCUGCUGCUGCUGCUGCUGCUGCUGCUGGGAUUGGCACUGCUGGUGUGGCUUUCCAAGCUGGGCGUGUCAGUUGUUGGGACAGCAUACUCUGUGAGGGGAGGAGCAAGGAGGUGACUUUGUCAGCAGCAGGACUCUACGAUUAA